AGUUAACCAACUUUACACUUGCCGAAGUGAACGACGGACAGAUAUGUGUUUAGCCUGUCCGUCUGACCCCUUGUGAGGGUUUAAUUGCUUAAUUUUUUUUAUUUUAUUUUUUGUCUUUUUAAUGUGUAUGUAUAACUCUGGCGAAGCUUCAAAAUGAUGCGCUUCCUGUUGCUCUUCAGUCGCCAGGGGAAGCUGCGUCUGCAAAAGUGGUUCACUCCCAUGACCGAACGUGAGAAGAAGAAGAUCAUCAGGGACAUGACCUCCAUGGUGUUGUCUAGGCAACCGCGCUCCUGUAACUUCCUACACUGGAAAGACCUAAAGAUUAUUUACAAGAGGUAUGCAAGCUUGUAUUUCUGCUUGGCCAUAGAGAACCAGGAGAAUGAGCUGUUGGCUUUGGAGGUUAUUCAUCGCUACGUGGAGCUGCUGGACAAAUACUUUGGCAAUGUGUGUGAACUGGACAUAAUCUUUAACUUUGAGAAGGCCUAUUUUAUCCUGGAUGAGUUUCUAAUGGGAGGCGAAAUACAGGAAACCUCCAAACAGAUGAUAAACCGCUCCAUCGAAGCCUCGGACAUGUUACAGGAGGAUGACAGCAGUGAGUGGUAUGAGGUGGAGCUGUUUGGAUGACCUUGAAUAUGGACAGAAGACCAUGGAGGAGUAUAUGAGCAAACCAGCAUUUUAACCCAUGCCGGGAUAAAAAAAAACAAAAUCUUACAGUAACAGCGAGGAGGAAUACAGCAAUACGGGAUGCCAAAUGUACUGUUUGUAAGUCAGAAGAUUUUGAAAAUGAAAAAAAAAAAAGGGAUGAUGCUACUGAACAUUUUCUAAAUAAAAAUGGGAGAUAAUAAAUGUCUGCUUGCAUUCUGCCUGAAGCCUUACUGCACAGUAAUUUCAUUUGAGAGUAAGUCUAAUGUUUGUUCAUAGCUGUGUGCUUUAAUGAAGGGAGGGGGAGCGAGGGGGGGAGAGUGCUUUUUAAAACUAAUUCCUGUUUAAUUUAAAUGAAGUUAUGAUAGAGGAUCAGGGUAUGAAGAUCUUAAUACUGAUGUUGUUUUAGGUGUGUAAAUGUGUUUCUUAUAUAUUUAAAUCCAUGUUAAUAUAUUGGACAUGAAUGAUUCAUUCUGAGAACACUACAAAUUGUUGACUAUAAAAACAAAAGUUCAAUCGAAAGACAGAAAUAUUUAUAAUAGAUAAUCUUGUCAUUCUGAUUCCUUUCACACCAUCACAAUGCUCAGUUUGAGUGAAAUUAUCUAAAUGUUUUGAAUCUGUACUUUCAGUUUAAUCAUGUUUGUCUUUCAAGAGAAGCCGUAUCUAUUGGUGUGAACAUCAGUGCUUUUUAUAGUGUGCGUGUAUGAUGUUGAAUCUUUUCAUUAAAAUGUGUAUUUUGGUAAAAUCUUGA